UGCAGCUUGUAGCUCUUGCCCAGCGUUUCUUGGGAGGGGAACGUUGGGGAGGCUGUAGCUGCUGGGGAAAAUUACUUUUAAAUAUCACGGCUGUAAAUUUAAGAGUGCAGAAACUGAAGGGAGUACAUUCCUAUGGUAAUUGGACAGUGUCAAGUCUCAUUUCUAUGAGGUCGUUAGUUAUACUUUUUUGCUGACGCCCAGCAAGUAUUUUUGUACGGACGCUCAACCAGUGAUAAACAGUAAAAAUGGAAGACGAUGAGGGAGAAUAUGAGGAAUAUGAAGAGUAUGAGGAGUAUGAAGUGGAGGAGUAUAUUACGUACCAUACAUAUGAAGGUGAAAAAGUGUUAAAGGGAAAAGAGAUUACAAAGGUUACAGAGGUAACAAAGGGAUCAGAGCCACAAACAAUCAUUCGAGAAGUGAGAACAGUUUCUGAACCACAAACAUUUAUUCGAGAGGUCACACAACCAUACACGGUGGUUGAAGAGAUUACACAACCAUACACGGUUGUUCAAGAGGUGGUUCAUAAGUCUGGCUCAGGUCUACCUGUCAGAGAAGUAAGAAGGAGGAAGAAGGUGGACAAGUCAAAGUUUACGACUCCUUACCUUGAACACAGCCAUAAGAUGAAGGACCUGUUCAGUUCGAACAAGUAUAAGGAAGAAUUUGAGAAGGAGAAAGGAAAGCCGUAUGCUGUUAUCUCAGACACUCCGGAGCUGAAGAGAAUUCGGAAGGCUCAGGAACAGCUGAGUGAGGUCAAGUAUCGUUCAGAUGGUGACAAGGCAAAGACAAUGUGCCACGUUGAUGGGACGGCCCGGGAUAUUGAACAUGCCAAAAAUGUUUCACAGUUGGUUAGCAAGGUGCUGUACAAACAGAAAUGGGAAGAUACCAAGGAUGUUUAUCAACUGCCACCAGAUGCUCCAGAGCUUGUCCGAGCUGUGAAAUUUGCCGAAAACUUCAGUCCGAAAUUAUAUAAAGAGGCCUGGGAAGAAGAAAAGCCUUUCUAUUACCCUUACACUGACAGUCCAGAGCUGAGACGAGUUGCCAAUGCUCAGAAAGCUUUGAGUGAUAUUGAGUACAAGAAAAACCACAAUGAACAUCUAUCAAAAUACACCUCAUUGCCCGAUCCACCAGAUGUCGAGAUGGCAAAAAAAGUUGUCAAUCAGCUCAGUGAUAUUAAGUACCACAAAGACUACAACAAAAAUAAGGGCAAGUGGAGCCAGACACCUUGUUAUGAUGUCGCAGUUGCCCGAAUGAAUGCUGACAAUUUGAGCACUAAAAAAUACAAUGAGGGCUAUGAGGAAAUGAAAGACCAAAUUUACUUCAUGCAAAAUGAAACUCCCGAAUAUGUAGCCAACAAGCGUACUCAGGAAGCUACUAGUCCGAUAAAAUACAGACAAGAUUAUGAGAAGACCAAAGAUAAAACUGAUUACAACACCCUACCAGCUACAGAAAAUCCUCUGCUUCAGCAGUUGAAGAAAGCCGGUGAUAUAGCAAGUGACAAGAAGUACAAGGAUGAUUACAAAAAGGCUCGCAAAAGUAGCAUGAACUACUGUGAAACGCCAAAAUUCAAAACUGACCAAACGCUGGCAAAUCUCAGUGAUGUCAAGUAUAAACAGAUUUAUGAAGAUAAUAUCAAGGGCCAUUAUGUUGGCAGUCAUGAGGAUCCAUACAUGAUUCACUGUUUGAAAGUUGGAGCAAUGAAGAGUGAUAAAAAUUAUAAGGCCGACUAUGAGAUGGAUAAAGGAAGCUGUUAUUUCCCUCAAACUGUUACCCCAGAGUAUGAAGCUAUGAAGAAUUCUUACCAGUGUAAAGAUCAAGUCUAUAAGAUGCAUCCUGAUAAAAUCAAGUUUACUCAAGUGGCUGAUUCUCCAGUGAUGUUGCAAGCACAGCUCAAUGCUAAACAACUGAGUGACCUAAAUUACAAAGCAGACUAUGAGAAGAAGAAGUUCAAAUGCACUAUGCCUCCUGAUAACCCCUUUUUCAUCCAGUCAAGGGUGAAUGCAUACAACCUGAGUGAUAAUUGUUACAACUAUGACUGGAACAGAGAAAAAGCCAAACAUUGCAACAUCAGAGAGGAUUCAAUCCCUGUUGUUGCAGCAAAGGCACAUGCAGAGAUUGCAAGUGAUGUCAAAUAUAAAAAAAACUAUGAAAAGGCUCGUGGGAAGCAUAUCGGAGCUCGCUCAAUAGAGGAUGAUCCUAAGAUCUUACACUCUGUGCAUGUGGCAAAGAUGCAGAGUGAGCGUGCUUAUAAAAAGGACUAUGAAGACACAAAGACUAAGUAUCAUUCUCCACUUGAUAUGAUCAAUGUCUCCCAGGCCAAAAAGGCUCAGGAAAUUGCCAGCAACUCAUUCUAUAAGCAACCAAUAAGUCAUUAUUGUAUGCCUCCUGACAGUUUGCCUCUGAAUUUGGCUAAGAAAUCCUACAGUUUGCAGAGCGAUAACGAGUAUAAAGCUGAUUAUAAUAACUGGCAAAAAGGCAUCGGUUGGGUUCCUUUUGGCUCCUUGGAUGUUGAAAAGGCUAAGAGAGCUAUGGAUAUCCUCAAUGAGAGAAAGUACCGCCAGCCACCAGACACCAUUAAAUUCACUUCAAUAGAAGAUGCCCCAGAAACAGUCUUGGCAAAGGCUAACCAAGCACAGAGGAGUGAUAUAAACUACAAAGCCAAAGGAGAGAAGAUCAUUCACAAGUACACUUAUCCACCCGAUGUGCCAGAGUUUAUUCAGGCUAAAGUCAAUGCUAUUAAUGCCAGUGAUAAUUGCUACAAAGAAGCAUGGAAAAAGGAUUUAUCAAAGGGCUGUAGCAUUACUUUUGACGCUAUUCCAAUUAUUGCUGCUAAAUCUGCUCGGCAUAAUGCUAGUGAUGUAAAAUACAAAAAAGCUUAUGAGCAAGAGAAGGGAAAACAUUUUGGCUUCCAGAGCCUCCAAGAUGAUCCAAAGCUGGUCCAUUCCAUGCAUGUAGCCAAGCUUCAGUCUGACCGUGAAUACAAAAAAGACUAUGAGAAAAGCAAGACCAAAUACCACACACCAUUGGACAUGGUCAACAUUACCACUGCCAAAAAGUCCCAGGAAGUAGCCAGCAACAGUAACUACAAGCAACCGAUCCAUCACUAUACCUAUCUGCCAGAUGCCAUGAGCUUGAAACUGUCAAAGGACAUGAUGAAUUUACAGAGUGAUAACCUGUACAAAUCUGAUUACAAUAACUGGUUUAGAGGCAUUGGCUGGAGUCCACUUGGCUCGAUAGAUGUGGAGAAAGUGAAGAAAGCUGGACAAGUACUCAAUGAGCAUAAUUACAGACAGCACCCAGGUAAACUCAAGUUUACCAGUGUGCCUGACUCCGUUGAAAUGGUGCUGGCGAAAACCAAUGCACGACAGCUUAAUGAUAAACUGUACAGAUCUGGUGGAGAGAAGAUCAAGCACAAGUAUACUUUGCCAUCAGAUGUUCCACAGUUCGUUCAAGCUCAAUGGAAUGCUUUCAACCUCAGUGAUAAUUGCUACAAAGAGAAAUGGAAGAAGUCACUAGCUAAAGGAUAUCAUCUUGAGCCUGACGCAAUCCCUAUUGUUGCAGCCAAAUCAUCAAGACGUAUUGCUAGUGAUUACAAAUAUAAAGAGGCCUAUGAGAAGGAAAAGGGCAAACACAUUGGUUUUCGCAGUCUGCGAGAUGACCCUAAGCUGGUCCAUUCCAUGCAUAUAGCCAAGCUCCAGUCUGACCGUGAAUAUAAGAAAGAUUAUGAGAAAAGCAAGACCAAAUACCACACACCGCUAGACAUGGUCAACAUUACCACUGCCAAAAAGUCCCAGGAAGUAGCCAGCAACAGUAACUACAAGCAGCCGAUCCAUCACUAUACCUAUAUGCCAGAUGCCAUGAGCUUGGAACUGUCGAAGAACAUGAUGAACAUACAGAGCGAUAAUCUGUAUAAGCAAGACUACAAUUCCUGGCAAAAGGGAAUAGGGUGGAUCCCGAUUGGUUCGCUUGAUGUGGAGAAGGCCAAGAAAGCAGGAGAGGUCUUGAAUGAACAAAAAUACCGUCAGCAUCCAGACACGCUGAAAUUUACCAGUGUCCCUGACUCCGUCAAUAUGGUUCUUGCCACAAGUAACACAAAACAGCUGAAUGAAUUUAACUAUAGAAAGUCUGGCGAAGAUGUAAAGCACAAGUAUACUCUUGACAUUCAAUAUCCACCAUUCGUACAAGCUAAAGUCAACGCUCAUAACUUAAGUGAACAACGCUAUAAGCAAGCCUGGCUGAAGACAAUAGCUCAAGGUCAUGAUAUCCGGGAAGAUGCCAUUCCAAUUGUUGCAGCCAAAGCUUCAAGAAACAUUGCAAGUGAUUAUCGAUAUAAAGCAGCCUACGAGAAGCAAAAAGGUAAACAUGUUGGCUUCCGCAGCCUCCAAGAUGACCCUAAGCUGGUCCAUUCCAUGCACAUCGCCAAGAUUCAGUCUGAACGUGAAUACAAGAAAGACUACGAGAAGAGCAAAACCAAAUAUCACACCCCACCUGAUAUGCUCAAUAUUACCUCUGCCAAGAAAUCCCAGGAAGUGGCCAGCAACAGCAACUACAGGAAUUUAAUCCACAACUACACCUAUUUGCCAGACGCCAUGAGCGUGGCACUGUCCAGGAACAUGAUGGACAUUCAGAGUGAUAAUAAUUACAAAUUGGAUUAUAAUACCUGGUUUAAAGGUCUUGGCUGGGUUCCUAUUGGCUCCUUGGAUGUAGAGAAGGCAAAGAAAGCAACAGACAUAGCAAGUGAGAGGAAAUACCGCCAACAUCCAGAAAACUUUGCAUUCACAAGCAUCCCUGAUUCUCUUGAAAUGGUUUUGGCCAAGACUAAUGCACAGAUAAUGAACAAGAAAUUAUACACUCAAGCUUGGGAUGAAGAUAAGAACAAAGUCCAUGUUAUGCCUGAUACACCAGAAAUUGUGUUAUCCAAAGUCAAUCAAAUGAAUAUGAGUGAGAAAUUAUACAGAUCUGGCUGGGAAAAUGCAAAGAAGAAAGGCUAUAACCUGAUGCCUGAUGCCAUUUCAAUAAAAGCAGCGAAGGCCAAUAGGGAUAUAGCCAGUGAUUAUAAAUACAAGCUUGCCUACGAAAAGGCAAAGGGAAAACACAUUGGUUUCCGUAGCCUGCAGGAUGACCCCAAGCUUGUCCACUUCAUGAAUGUUGCCAAACUUCAAUCGGAUCGUGAGUACAAAAAAGAUUAUCAGAAGUCUAAGACAAAGUACAAUACACCGAUGGACAUGGUCAGUAUUACAGCUGCUAAACAGUCUCAGGAAGUAGCCAGCAACAUCAACUACAAGCGCCUCAUCCAUCGCUAUAUAAUUCCUCCUGAUGCAAUGAACUUGGAACUGGCCAGGAACAUGAUGAACAUACAGAGUGAUCUUCUCUAUAAGUCAGAGUACACUGGCUUUUUGAGAGGUAUGGGCUGGAUGUCCAUUGGCUCACUGGAGGAUGAAAAGAACAAGCGAGCUUCAAAUAUCCUGUGUGAGAAAAGAUAUCGUCAACACCCAGAGACUUUAAAAUACACCAUUGAUAUGGAAUCCAUGCCGAUGGAGUUGGCAAAGGUCAAUGCCAAAAUCAUGAAUAGGCAUUUGUACAAGGAAGCCUGGGAAAAAGACAAGACACAAGUCCAUGUGAUGCCAGACACACCAGAAAUUGCUCUAGCUAAAGUAAACCAGUAUAACAUCAGUGAGAAAAUGUACAGGCAGAGCAUGGAAGAGGAUAAGAAGAAGGGACAUGAUCUCCGAGCUGAUGCCAUUCCGAUCAAAGCUGCCAAAGCCUCAACUAAUAUUGCUAGUGAUUAUAAAUAUAAACAAGCUUACGAGAAAGAUAGAGGGAGGCAGAUUGGUUUCCAGAAUUUGCAGGAUGACCCUAAGCUGGUCCAUUCCAUGCGUGUAGCCAAGCUGCAGUCUGAACGUGAAUAUAAGAAGGAUUAUGAAAAGACCAAGACCAAGUACCACAUGCCAUUGGAUAUGCUCAGUCUUAUGACUGCUAAGAAGUCCCAGGAGGUAGCCACUAAUGUGAACUAUAAGCAAGAAUUCCGCAAUUUCACAUAUCUACCUGAUGCCAUGAACUUGGAACUUUCCAGAAAGAUGAUGAACAUACAGAGUGAUAACAAUUAUAAAGCCGACCUUCAGUGGCUGAGGGGGAUUGGUUGGAGUCCGAUUGGGUCAUUAGACGUUGAGAAGGCUAAGAAAGCAACAGAGAUUGCGAGUGAGAAGAAGUACCGCCAGCAUCCAGAGGCCUUCCACUUCACAAGCCCGCCAGACUCUAUUGAGAUGGUCUUGGCUAAGACUAACACACAAACAAUGAAAAAGAAUCUGUAUACAGACGCCUGGGAGAAAGACAAAACUAAGGUCCACGUGACACUGGAUCAUCCAGAUAUCUUACAAGCUAAGGCCAAUGCUCAUAUGUUCAGUAAUAACAUAUAUAAAUUGGGCUGGGAACAAUCCAAGAAGAAAGGUUAUGACCUCAGACCUGAUGCUAUAUCAAUAAAGGCUGCAAAGGCAUCUACAAAUAUUGCAAGUGAUUACAAAUACAAAACAGCCUAUCGCCAGCAGCUUGGCCACCACAUUGGAUGCCGUAACAUUCAAGAUGACCCCAAGAUGGUUUGGUCCAUGCACGUGGCCAAAAUCCAGAGCGACCGGGAAUACAAGAAGAACUUUGAGAAGACGAAGACCAAGUUCAACAUGCCAGUCGACAUGCUGGACAUCCUGUUGGCCAAGAAAUGUCAGACUCUGGUCAGUGACAUUGAUUACAGACGGUACCUGCACCAAUGGACCUGUCUGCCAGACCAGACUGAUGUGAUCCAGGCAAAGAAGGCCUAUGAUCUGCAAAGUGAUAAUCUAUACAAAGCAGACCUUGGGUGGCUAAAAGGUAUCGGAUGGUCUCCUCUGGAAUCACUAGAAGUGGGAAAAGUCAAAAGAGCUGGAGAGAUCCUGAGUGAGACCAAAUACCGCCAGCAUCCUUCCAAGUUGAAAUUCAACAGUUUAUCUGACUCCAUGGACAUGACCCUGGCAAAGAAUAAUGCACAUAUAAUGAACAAGCGACUUUACACAGAAGCCUGGGAGAAGGACAAGGUGAAGAUUCAUGUCAUGCCUGACACUCCUGAGAUUGAACAGGCCAAAACAAACACACUGAACUUUAGUAAUAAACUGUACAGACUCGCUAUGGAGGAGGAUAAGAAGAAGGGCUAUGAUUUGCGCCCUGAUGCCAUUUCCAUCAAAGCAGCAAAAGCAUCCCGCGAUAUCGCCAGUGAUUACAAAUACAAAACAGCCUAUCGCAAGCAGCUUGGCCACCAUAUUGGAUGCCGUAACAUUCAAGAUGAUCCCAAGAUGGUUUGGUCCAUGCACGUGGCCAAGAUCCAGAGCGACCGGGAAUACAAGAAGGACUUUGAAAAAACAAAGACCAAGUUCAACAUGCCAGUUGACAUGCUGGACAUCCUGUUGGCCAAGAAGUGCCAGACUCUGGUCAGCGACAUUGAUUACAGACGGUACCUGCACCAAUGGACCUGUCUGCCAGACCAGACUGAUGUGAUCCAGGCAAAGAAAGCCUAUGAUUUGCAGAGUGAUAAUCUAUACAAAGCAGACCUUGGGUGGCUAAAGGGUAUCGGAUGGUCUCCUCUGGAAUCACUAGACGUGGCCAAAGUCAAAAGAGCUGGAGAGAUUCUGAGUGAGACCAAUUACCGCCAGCAUCCUUCCAAGUUGAAAUUCAGCAGUUUGUCUGACUCCAUGGACAUGACCCUGGCAAAGAAUAAUGCGCGUAUAAUGAACAAGCGUGCGUACCUUGAAGCCUGGGAAGCAGACAAGACUAAAAUUCAUGUCAUGCCAGAUACACCAGAAAUAAUAUUAGCAAAACAGAAUCAGAUCACCUGCAGUGAUAAACUGUACAGACUCGGUAUGGAGGAGUCAAAGAAGAAAGGUCAUAACUUGAAUGCUGACGCCAUUCCAAUUAAGGCAGCGAAAGCAUCCCGAGAUAUUGCGAGUGAUUACAAGUAUAAAACAGCCUACCGCAAGCAGCUUGGCCACCAUGUUGGAUGCCGUAACAUUCAAGAUGACCCUAAGAUGGUUUGGUCCAUGCAUGUGGCUAAGAUUCAGAGUGAUCGGGAAUACAAGAAGAACUUUGAGAAGACAAAGACCAAGUUCAACAUGCCAGUCGACAUGCUGGACAUCUUGUUGGCCAAGAAAUGCCAAACUCUGGUCAGCGACAUUGACUACAGACGGUAUCUGCACGAGUGGACCUGUCUGCCAGACCAGAAUGACGUGAUCCAUGCCAAGAAGGCUUAUGACCUGCAAAGUGAUCUCCAAUACAAGGCUGAUCUUCAGUGGCUAAAAGGCAUUGGUUGGAUCCCAACUGGAUCUCUGGACGUUGAAAAGGCUAAAAAAGCCAGCGAAAUUCUUAGUGAGAGAAAUUACCGUCAGCCCCCAAGCACUUUCAAGUUCAGCAGUUUGCUCGAUUCCAUGGCUUUAGUCCUGGCAAAGCAUAAUUCAAAAACUCUUAACCAGCGUUUGUACACUGAAGCAUGGGAAAAGGAUAAGCUGCAAAUCCAUAUUAUGCCAGAUACACCAGAGAUAUUGCUGGCAAGUCAGAACAAGAUAAAUUAUAGCGAUAAACAAUAUCGACUUGCACUGGAAGAAUCAAAGAAAAAAGGAUAUGAUCUACGCCCUGAUGCCAUUUCUAUUAAGGCAGCCAAGGCUUCAAGAGACAUUGCCAGUGAUUACAAAUAUAAAACAGCCUAUCGCCAGCAGCUUGGCCAUCAUGUUGGAUGCCGUAACAUUCAAGAUGACCCCAAGAUGGUUUGGUCCAUGCACGUGGCCAAGAUUCAGAGCGACCGGGAAUACAAAAAGGACUUUGAGAAAACAAAGACCAAAUUCAACAUGCCAGUCGACAUGCUGGACAUCCUGUUGGCCAAGAAGUGCCAGACUCUGGUCAGCGACAUUGACUACAGACAUUACCUACAUGAAUGGACCUGUCUGCCAGACCAGAACGAUGUGAUCCAGGCAAAGAAGGCAUAUGAUUUGCAGAGUGAUAAUUUGUACAAAGCAGAUCUUGAUUGGCUAAAGGGUAUCGGAUGGUCUCCUCUGGAAUCACUAGAUGUGGCUAAAGUCAAAAGAGCUGGAGAGAUUCUGAGUGAGACCAAUUACCGCCAGCACCCUUCCAAGUUGAAGUUCAGCAGUUUGUCUGACUCCAUGGACAUGACCCUGGCAAAGAAUAAUGCACAGAUUAUGAAUAAGCGUGCGUACAUCGAAGCCUGGGAAGCAGACAAGACUAAAAUUCAUGUCAUGCCAGAUACACCAGAGAUAACAUUAGCGAGAGAGAACCAGAUCAUCUGCAGUGAUAAACUGUACAGACUCGCUAUGGAGGAGGAUAAGAAGAAGGGCUAUGAUUUGCGCCCUGAUGCCAUUUCAAUCAAAGCAGCAAAAGCAUCCCGCGAUAUCGCUAGUGAUUAUAAAUACAAAACGGCCUAUCGCCAGCAACUUGGCCACCACGUUGGCUGCCGUAACAUUCAAGAUGACCCCAAGAUGGUUUGGUCCAUGCAUGUGGCCAAGAUUCAGAGUGACCGGGAAUACAAGAAGGACUUUGAGAAAACAAAGACCAAUUUCAACAUGCCAGUCGACAUGCUGGACAUCCUGUUGGCCAAGAAAUGCCAGACUCUGGUCAGUGACAUUGACUACAGACAUUACCUGCACCAGUGGACCUGUCUGCCAGACCAGAACGAUGUGAUCCAGGCAAGGAAGGCCUACGAUUUACAGAGUGAUAAUUUGUAUAAAGCAGACCUUGGGUGGCUAAAGGGUAUCGGAUGGUCUCCUCUGGAAUCACUAGACGUGGCUAAAGUCAAAAGAGCUGGAGAGAUUCUGAGUGAGAACAAUUACCGCCAGCAUCCUUCCAAGUUGAAGUUCAGCAGUUUGUCUGACUCCAUGGACAUGACCCUGGCAAAGAAUAAUGCACAGAUUAUGAAUAAGCGUGCGUACAUCGAAGCCUGGGAAGCAGACAAGACUAAAAUUCAUGUCAUGCCAGAUACACCAGAGAUAACAUUAGCGAGAGAGAACCAGAUCAUCUGCAGUGAUAAACUGUACAGACUUGCUAUGGAGGAGGAUAAGAAGAAGGGCUAUGAUUUGCGCCCUGAUGCCAUUUCCAUCAAAGCAGCAAAAGCAUCCCGCGAUAUCGCUAGUGAUUACAAAUAUAAAACAGCCUAUCGCCAGCAGCUUGGCCACCAUGUUGGAUGCCGUGACAUUCAUGAUGAUCCCAAGAUGGUUUGGUCCAUGCAUGUGGCCAAAAUCCAGAGUGACCUGGAAUACAAGAAGGACUUUGAGAAGACAAAGACUAAGUUCAACAUGCCAGUCGACAUGCUGGACAUCCUGUUGGCCAAGAAAUGCCAGACUUUGGUCAGUGACAUUGACUACAGACAUUACCUGCACCAGUGGACUUGUCUGCCAGACCAGAACGAUGUGAUCCAGGCAAAGAAGGCAUAUGAUUUGCAGAGUGAUCUGUUGUACAAGUCAGAUUUGGAAUGGCUUCGUGGUAUUGGAUGGAGUCCUGUUGAUUCAUUAGACAUACAGAAAGUUAAGAAAGCUGGAGAGAUUCUGAGCGAAAAGAAUUAUCGGCAACCGCCUAGCACACUUAAGUUCUCAAGCAUUCUUGAUUCUCUUGAACUGGAAUUAGCCAAGAACAAUGCUAAAAAUCUCAACAAACGCUUAUACACAGAAGCUUGGGAUAAUGAUAAAACCACGAUUCAUGUCAUGCCAGACACCCCUGAAAUUAAUCUGGCCAAAAGCAACUCAGCCAACAUCAGCCAGAAACUAUACCGUCAAGCAUGGGAGGAUUCCAAGCUAAACGGUUAUGAUUUGCGAGCUGAUGCCAUUCCAAUCAGAGCAGCAAAGGCCUCCAGAGAUAUUGCAAGCAUGUACAAAUACACAGAAGCCUAUCGCCAGCAGCUUGGCCACCACAUUGGAUGCCGUGACAUUCAAGAUGAUCCCAAGAUGGUUUGGUCCAUGCACGUGGCCAAGAUCCAGAGCGACCGGGAAUACAAGAAGGACUUUGAGAAGACAAAAACCAAGUUCAACAUGCCAGUUGACAUGCUGGACAUCCUGUUGGCCAAGAAGUGCCAGACUCUGGUCAGCGACAUUGACUACAGACAUUACCUACAUGAAUGGACCUGUCUGCCAGACCAGAACGAUGUGAUCCAGGCAAGGAAGGCCUACGAUUUACAGAGUGAUUUGCAGUACAAGUCUGAUAUGGAAUGGAUCCGUGGCUGUGGCUGGAUGCCAAAUGAUUGUCUCGAUGUUAAGAAAGUACAAAGGGCUCAGGAGAUUCUCAGUGAGCGUAACUACCGCCAGCCCCCACAUAAGUUCAGCUUCACCAGCAUUGUUGACCAUCCCAGCAUAAUCCAGGCUAAAAUAAACUCUGAUCUACUGAGUGAUCGCCUGUACCAUAGUGCCUGGGAGAAUGACAAACUCAUAAUUCAUCUUCCUAAUGAUACACCUGAGAUGGUGUUGUCUAAACAGAACUCUGCCAACAUCAGUUCGAAACUAUAUAAACUCAGUUGGGAAGAAUCAAAGAAGGAUGGGUAUGAUCUAAGGAGUGAUGCCAUCUCGAUCAAGGCUGCAAAAGCUUCCAGAGAAAUUGCUAGUGAUUACAAAUACAAAGAAGCCUAUCGCCAGCAGCUUGGCCACCACAUUGGAUGCCGUGACGUUCAUGAUGAUCCCAAGAUGGUUUGGUCCAUGCAUGUGGCCAAAAUCCAGAGUGACCUGGAAUACAAGAAGGACUUUGAGAAGACAAAGACUAAGUUCAACAUGCCAGUCGACAUGCUGGACAUCCUGUUGGCCAAGAAAUGCCAGACUUUGGUCAGUGACAUUGACUACAGACAUUACCUGCACCAGUGGACUUGUCUGCCAGACCAGAACGAUGUGAUCCAGGCAAGGAAGGCCUACAAUUUGCAGAGUGAUUUGCAGUACAAAUCUGAUAUGGAAUGGAUCCGUGGCUGUGGCUGGAUGCCAAAUGAAUCUCUUGAUGUUAAGAAAGUGCAAAGGGCUCAGGAGAUUCUGAGUGAACGUCACUACCGUCAGCCUCCAGAUAGGUUCAGUUUCACCAGCAUUGUUGAUGAUCCCAACAUAGUCCAGGCUAAAAUCAACGCAAACCAACUGAGUGCUGGAAAAUACAAAGAAGCCUGGGAAAAAGACAAGACACAGAUUCACGUCCUUCCUGACACACCAGAGAUUUUGUUGGCUAAAUCCAAUGCUGCUAACAUUAGUCAGAAACUUUACAAGGAGGGCUGGGAAGAUGCGAAAAAAAGUGUUGAUUAUCGUGCUGAUGCCAUUGAUAUCGAACAUGCAAAAGCUUCUCGAAACAUUGCAAGCGAUUACCAAUACAAAGAAAUCUAUCGCAAGCAACUUGGUCACCACAUUGGAUACCGUGACAUGUAUGAUGAUCCCAAAAUGGUUUGGUGUAUGCAUGUCGGCAAGAUGCAGAGUGAUAAGGAGUACAGGAAGGAAUUUGAAAAAACUAAAGCCAAUAUUAACGUGCCAGCCGACAUGAUGGACAUUGUAAUGGGCAAGUUAUGUCAGACUCGGGUCAGCGAGAUUGACUACAGGCAUUACCUACAUGAAUGGACCUGCCUGCCAGAUCAGAAUGAUGUCAUCCAGGCAAAGAAAGCAUACAGUUUGCAAAGUGAUGUCAAUUACAAAGCAGAUAUGGAAUGGAUGCGUGGAAUUGGAUGGAUUCCAACAGACUCUGUGGAUGUUAAGAAAGUAAAGCAUGCCCAGGACAUCUUAAGUGAUAGAAAUUACAAGACAAAAGCGGAUACUCUCCAGUUUACACCAGUGACAGAUAGAGUUGAUUACGUUACAGCUAAACAGAGUGGGGACAUUCUGAAUGAUAUCAAGUACCGUGAAGCCUGGCACGCCUGUAAGACCAAGUACACGCUGGUGGAUUCACCAACAAUGGUUGCAGCACGGGAUGCAGCUCGAAACCUUAAUGAAAAAUUGUACAAAGAUGGUUGGGAGAAGCUGAAAGCAACUGGUUACAAAAUGCCAGUUGAUGCUGUGUCAAUCUGCCAUGCCAAAGCAUCACAAGACAAACAGAGUGAGCUUAAGUAUAAAGCUGAUUAUGUCAAGCAACGUGGCCAUCUUAUAGGAUGCCAUGACCUUCAGGAUGACCCCAAAAUGGUUUGGUGUAUGCAUGUGGGCAAGAUGCUGAGUGACAAGGAGUACAGGAAGGAAUUUGAAAAAACUAAGGCAAAUAUAAACGUGCCAGUUGACAUGUUGGACAUCGUGAUGUCUAAGAUAUGUCAAGGACGGGUCAGUGAGAUUGACUACAGACAUUACCUACAUGAAUGGACCUGUCUGCCAGACCAGAACGAUGUGAUCCAAGCAAAGAAGGCUUAUGAUUUGCAGAGUGAUUUUCUGUACAAGUCAGACCUUGAAUGGAUACGUGGUUGUGGUUGGAUUCCCUUGGAUUCAGUUGAACAUAAAAAGGUGAAAAAUGCACAGGCGAUGUUAAAUGAAAAAGCAUAUAAAGAAAAUGCUGUUGCUAAUUUUGCCAAGUUUACACCAAUUACUGACCCGCCAGAGGUGGUACAGGCCAAGAUAAAUACAAACAACUUGAGUGAUUUGAAGUACAAAGAGACAUUUAACCUGGAAAAGGGCAAGUAUAUUGGUGCCGCUGACUAUCCCCAUUUGGCUCAUUCAAGGGAAAUGGCAAAGCAUGUUAGUCAGAACGUUUAUAAAAAUGACUGGGAUAGCCAUAAAGCCUUAGGAUACACCUUGCCUCCGGACUAUCUGCCGCUGGUUGUUGCUAAGCAUGCUGAUAACGUAAGCAGCAAUUUGAAGUACAAGGAACUGUAUGAAAAACUCAGGGGACAUUAUUUGGCUGGAGGAGAUAUUAAGGACUUCCCUGGUAUAAUCCAUGCCAUGGCCAUGGAUAAAUUGAGGAACAUGCUGGAUUAUAAGAGGAGUUAUGAAGCUACUAAGGCUACAGUUCACAUCCCCAAUGACAUGAUUAGCAACAUUGUGGCAAAGAGAUGCCAACAUAUUCUCAGCGACCUUGAAUACCGCACCUAUCUUCAUCAUUGGACCUGCCUGCCUGACGAGCAUGAUGUAAUUCAUGCUAAGAAAGCACAAGAGAUCUUAAGCGAUUUUGUGUACAAAGAUGACCUGAACUGGCUGAAGGGCAUGGGCUGUUAUGCCUGGGACACUCCAGAAAUUCUACUAGCCAAACAUUCCUAUGACCUACAGAGUGAAAUCAAAUACAGAACUGAUGGAAAGAAAAAUUUUGAGAACUAUACUGUGAUCACAGAUACACCAGUCUAUGUGACAGCUGUUCAGAGUGGCCUUCAGUUAAGUGAUGUUAGAUACAAAGAGAACUAUGAGAAAAACAAGGACAAAUACACAACUGUUUUAAACACAGUGGAUUACAACAGGACCAAUGACCUCAAAACUAUGUUUAGCAGUAAUGCUUACAAACUGGCCUGGGAUAAGGUGAAAGCAACAAGUUAUACAAUGCCAGGAGAUGCGUUUUCGAUAGCUCUGGCCAAGAAUCAGAAAGACAUUCUUAGUCCAAUAAAGUAUCGUGAAGAGUAUGAGAAGUUCAAGGCUCUCUACACAUUGCCACGUUCUGUGGAGGAUGACCCACAUACCAUGCAAUGUCUAAAAGCUGGCAAGUUGAACCUUGAUCGUCUGUACAGAAAAAAUUACGAAAAUAACAAAAUGAAGGUGCACAUCAUGCCUGACAUGCUGGAAGUGGUUACUGCCAAAGACACCCAAGCCAAAGUCAGCUAUAUUGACUAUCGCAAGUAUCUCCACGAAUGGACAUGCUUGCCAGAUCUGCAGAUUAAUAUACAUGCCAAGAAGGUCUGCGAGCAACUGAGUGACGUUCUGUACAAAGAUGAUCUCAACUGGCUUAAAGGAAUUGGUUGCAAUGUCUGGGACACUCCUCAGAUACUUCAUGCUAAGAAAUCCUAUGAUCUCCAAAGUGCUAUUCAAUACAAGGCGAAGGCUGAGGCAUCAAGGGACCAGUUCACGCCAGUCAUGGAUACUCCCACUUACCGGCAGUCUGUCACCAACGCUAAACAGUUGAGUGAUUUUGUGUAUCACAAUGCUUAUGUGACAAAUAUUAGAGGUACAGUUGCUCCAACCACAAAGACUGUGGAUCUGGAUAGAGCUAGGCAUGCCUAUAAGUUACAGAGUGAGAAUCUUUAUCGUGAUACAGGCCGAAGCCUUCUCCCCACUGGAUAUACCAUUCCAGCAGAUAUCCCAUUCUUAAAGCAUGCCAGAAAUGUUGACCAUAACCGCAGCGAUCUGAAGUAUAAGGAAGCUUAUGAACAUAUGAAAGCAAGAGGCUACAAAUUGAUCCCAGAAACCAUUAGCAUUACUGCAGCCAAGAAAGCAGAUCUUAUUUUGAACCAGCGUCUAUAUCGGUUACUUUAUGACACUAACAAAGACAAGAUUCACCCAACGCUUGACACUCCAGAAAUUCGUCAAGUCAAAGCUACACAGGAGGCGAUCAGUGAUCUGAUAUAUAAGUCGGACUACUUCCGGUUGAAAGGUCAGAAGAUUUCCCUUCCCAUCACUCCUGAGCUGCUCCAUCACCGAUAUGUUGGUGUUAUCACUAGCGAUAAUAAGUACAAGGAAGAGCUUCAGUGGCUGAGGGGCAUUGGAUGCUUCCUGUAUGGAACUCCUGAAAUGAUACGAGUGCGUGACUUCCACAAAUUCUGGACUGGCUAUGACAAAGCUGCCAAAAAAUUACGUGACAAGCAUACUUCAGUUCUUGAUACUCCUGAAUACAGACGUGUGACGGAACUGAAAACUCACUUGAGCAAUCUGGUAUACCGUGCUCAGGGAAAUAAAGCAAAGACGAAGUACACAACAAGGCUUGAUACUGUGGAUCUAAACCGAGCCAAACACGGUCAGAAGAUACAGAGUCAGUACCUGUAUGUUGAAUUAGCUAGAAAAGAUAGACCGCAUUACAUUCCUCAUGAGCAUACUACAUCCCUGGAUCACGCCAAGCAUGUCAAAGAUUUUGCCAGUGAGAAAAAAUACAAGGCACAAUAUGAGAAGUUCAAGAGUAAAUACACUACAAUACCAGAUACUCCAACAUUGUUGAUUUCUAAGAAAGCGUACAUAAUUGCCAGUGAUUUACGAUAUAAGGAAGCCUUUGAACAUGCAAAAGGUCAUUACCGUACAGUGAAAGAUGCCCUGAACAUUGUCUACCAUCGCAAAGUCACAGAUGAUAUCAGUGAGGUCAAAUACAAGGAGAAGUACAUCCAACAGUUGGGUGUGUGGAGAUCAAUCCCUGACCCACCUGAGCACAUGCACCACCGUAUGGUAACUGAUGCCAUCAGCACUGUUAAAUACAAAGAAGACUUGGGAUGGCUGAGAGGAAUUGGUUGCUAUGCAUGGGACACACCUGACUUGACAUUGGCUGGAAAGAACAAGGAACUCUACAGCCAGUACAAGUACCGAGAAUCAGUUGCAAAACUAAGAAACAACUUCAAGUACACGGCCGAUACUCCACACAUCCGGCAUGCUAGGGCGGCAACAGCAAUUUUAGAUGAGCAAUCAUAUAAGUCUGAAGCCAAAUUCAAAUUAAGGCGAGGAUGCAAUGAACUUCUACGGCCUGAUAUGCUGACUGCCAUAUACAACUCAAUCUUAGGGAGCCAGUGGAUUUAUCGGAAGGACUACGAAAAGGUGAAAGACAAAUACACUUCAAUUUUUGAGACCCCUGACAAUCUCCGAACUAAAAAAGUGACGAAGCUCAUCAGUGAUAUUAAAUAUAAACUGGAGCAUAACCGGGACAAAGCUAAGGGCUACACUACUAUCCAUGACACGCCAAUGCUGCUACACAUGCGAAGUGUGAAAGACAAAAUUAGUGAUUUGAAAUACAAGGAGAAUUAUGAACGCAACAAAUCUGAUUGCAACAUUCACGGUGAUGCAUUUUCGAUCAGGGCUGCCAAGAGUGCGUACAAGAACACAACCAACCUUGAUUACAAGAAGAAGUAUGAGGCCACCAAAGCCAAAUGGAUGUGGACUGUUGACAGACCUGACUUUGUGCAGGCUCACAAGGCCUCACAGCAGCAGAGUGAGGUGGAUUACAAGUUGGACAGAGAAUAUUUGAAAGGUUGCAAGAUCUCAGUGCCUGUCUAUGGAGAUAAGAACAUGAUACUAGCUGUAGAAAAUACAGAAUUGGCUAGUGGGAUAAAAUACCAGCUGAAGCACAAGAAAGAAAAAGGCAUUUUCCAAGCAGUUCCAGACACACCACAGAUGCUCCAUGCCAAAUCUGUUGCUCGCCUAAUGUCUGAGAAAAAAUACAAAGAAGCUGUGAAGAAGGAACUUCCCAAUGCUGCUUACAUGAAGUUGCCUGAGACCCGUGGGACUUCACACGUUAGAGAGGUGUCUAAGUUACUGAGUGGGAAACUGUACAAGAAGCAGUUUGAGAAAGAUAAAGGCAAGUCCUCAUAUUCCAUUAUGAUGGAGCCUCCAGAAGUAAAACAUGCAAUGAAUGUGGCCAAAUGUCAGAGUAACAUCGAUUACAAGAAAGAUGCUAAAUCCAAACUAGCUUACACAUCUGUGGCAGAUCGACCAGAUAUUCUUAAAGCCACUGAAGCUGCCAAGUUAAUAAGUGAUAUUGGAUACAGGACAAAAGCACGUGAGGAGGCUAGUCGUGGUAUAAUCAGCCUUGGACGCCCAGACAUUGAACUUGCCAAAGAGGUUUCCAAACUCACCAGCCAGGUGGAAUAUACCAAACAGAAACUCAGAGGUCAUGGAGCUGCUUCAUAUGACACUCCCACGAUGAGGCUUGCAAAGAAAGCAAACAUCCUCUCAAGCAACCUUAAGUACAAAGAGAAGUUUGAGAAAGAGUUUAAAGGACAGAGGCCGAAGUUUGAUUUGAAGGAAAGCUCAGGAUACAAGUCAAUGAAAGAUGCAAAUAUUUUUGCUAGUGAAGUUAUAUACAAACAGGACCUGAAGAAGAUGCACAAACCUGUAACAGAUAUGUCUGAAUCCUUACAAAUGCAGCAUAAUCUUUCCACUAGCAAGCUAUCGAGUCAAUACCAGUACAAGAAGGAGUUUGAGAAGAGUAAAGGUCACUACCAUUUGGUAUCCGAUUCACCUGAACAAAUUCAUCUAAAGGAAGCAACUGAGUUACAGAGCCAAAUAAAAUACAAGGAACUGUAUGAGAAAGAAAGAGGCAAGGCAAUGCUGGACUUUGAAACACCUGUUUACGUUACUGCUUUGGAAACCCAGCAUAUGCAGAGUGAGAAAGAAUAUAAGAAGGAUUUGGAAGAGCACAUAAAAGGCAGGAAUCUUUCUGGUUUGGAGAUUACGCCCGCAAUGUUGCAUGUCAAAUAUGCAACUAAAAUAGGCUGUGAGAAAGAGUACAGGAAGGAUCUCGAGGAAGGUGUGAAGGGUAAGGGCUUAACGGUGGUUGAGGAGACUCCUGAGAUGAUGCGAGCAAGGAAUGCCACGUACAUUCUCAAUGAGAAAGAGUACAAGAGAUCAUUGGACGAAGAAAUCAAGGGUAAAGGGCUCGUGGCACUUGCUAAUGAAACACCAGACUUUGCCAGAGCCAAGAAUGCUACAGAAAUUUUAAGCCAGGUAAAAUACAAGCAGUUGGCUGAAAUGGACAGGCCAAAUUACACGACAGUUGUAGAUACACCUGAUAUAAUUCACGCUCAUAAUGUGAAGUAUUUGAGCAGCCAGAACCAAUAUAAGGCAGAUGCUGUGAAGACCAUGUCUCAAUACGUCUCAGUAACGGAUACACCUGAGAUGCACAGAGUCCGUGAAAACCAGAAGAACAUCAGUACGCUUCAGUACACUUCAGAACUUAAACACAUUAAAGGAAAGGUUACCACAGUAAAAGACACACCUGAAAUCCUGCGAGCUAAGGAAAACCAAAAGAAUUUCAGCUUGAUCGCAUAUAAAGAAGAGGUUGGUACAGGGACAUCAAUUAAAGAAACACCAGAGAUGGAGAGAAUCAAAAGAACACAGGAGGCCAUUAGUUCGAUCAAAUACAAGGAAAAUGUUGGUCAAGGAACAGCAAUCUCUGACCUGCCUGAGGUGAAGCGUGUGAAGGAAACACAGAAGAACAUCAGCUCGAUCAAAUAUAAGGAAAGUGUUGGUCAAGGAACUGCAAUCUCUGACCCACCCGAGGUCCAGCGUGUAAAAGAGACGCAGAAGAACAUCAGCUCGAUCAAAUACAAGGAAAUUAUUGGUCAAGGAACUGCAAUCUCCGACCUGCCUGAGGUGCAGCGUGUGAAAGAGACACAGAAGAACAUCAGCUCGAUCAAAUACAAGGAAAAUAUUGGUCAAGGAACAGCAAUCUCUGACCUGCCUGAGGUGCAGCGUGUGAAGGAAACACAGAAGAACAUCAGUUUGAUCAAAUACAAGGAAAAUGUUGGUCAAGGAACUGCAAUCUCUGACUUGCCUGAGGUGCAGCGUGUGAAGGAGACACAGAAGAACAUUAGCUCGAUCAAAUACAAAGAAAAUGUUGGCCAAGGAACUGCAAUCUCUGAGCUGCCUGAGGUGCAGCGUGUGAAGGAGACACAGAAAAACAUCAGCUCGAUCAAAUACAAGGAAAAUGUUGGUCAAGGGACAGCAAUCUCUGAUCUGCCUGAGGUGCAGCGUGUGAAGGAGACACAGAAGAACAUCAGCUCGGUAGCUGUUGAUAUGAUCUCCCUUUUAAUCCAUCUUCCACCCAUUGCUUUUCCUCUUACCAUUUGAAAAAACUUUUUUGAACGUUUUGAUGGAAUUUUUUUCAAUGUUCCUUUCAGUUUUAAAACUUAUAUAUUUUCGAAAUUGAAAAAUAAAUAACGCAUUUUUGUCAGAUUUUAAGUUGCAGAUUGUAUUCAGAAAGUACACCAAAAAUAACAUAACAAACCUAUGAUUAGAAUGUGAAAGUAGCAGCUAAAGUGUAAAUUAUGCAGCUCUGAAAGAAACAGUAGGAAAACAAGUAAAUCAUUCCAUUUUGAUGGGAUUGAAUCUGAAGCUCAAAGUUUUCAUUUAAUCCUUUUUUACUGCUGAAUCACAAUUUUAACAUUUAAGAUUUUUGAAUACAGAUUAAUUUUGGCCCAAACAAAUCAUAUUUUCAUUAGCAAAAGCUACAAUUCCCCUUCUGGCCUAGAGAGUGCAAAUUGAUGGAACACAUAUUUUAUUCCCUUCUUUCUGCUGUCCUCCUUUGCUGAAUUUGGAGACUGACAUUGUGGUAUGGAUUCAUGCUUCUGUGCCAGUUCAUCACAGUAGUUUAUCAAGUAGCUUUCCUUAAUAAGAAGACCAUUCAAUAGUGUGAAUAUCACUAUGAAUCUUCAUUCCAACUUUGUGGAAGUAGAAAUUGCUGGAUUAACUCCAUCAUUGGUAAUGCUGAUGUAGAUUUUCUCCUGUAGCCUCCGGGAUGCUAAGACCCUC